GCUGCCUUCCGGCCCGGGAGUCCCUCUCCGCGCCCCGCAGCCACGCACGGCGGGGGCACAGAGGCGGGCGGGCGGCCAGGGCUCACCGCCCGACGCGGAGAAUAGAAACUGAGAGGGUGUCCCGAGCCCCCAGGCCAGAAGGCCAGGGACCCCGGGGACCCCGCCCUCUUCCCUCCCUGCGCCUGCACCUGGAAAGGGGCAGCAACCCACGGUGACGUCCUCCGCGCAGCCGGCGCUCACCCUCCAGCCCGCAGCCCCGCCGCCUCCUUCGGGAAGUCCCAAAGUGUCACGGUCGAGCCCGCUGGGGUGUGGCCACGCCUCCCGCUCCCCCAGGGGCUGCCGCCAGCCGGGCGGCCGUUCCUACUCCUCGCCCGGCCCCGGCCUCGCGUCCGCUGUGCUCCUGCCCCGGCCCCGGCCCCGGCUCCGGCCCCGCCAAGGUGCGAACCGCUCUCCGCCCGGGACGCACGGACCAUGGAUUCGGGAUCCGGCUUCCCAAGACAGGCCGCCUCCUUCUGGUUGGACAAUUAGCGGAGGUGGGCGGGGAGUUGACCAUCCCCACACACGCGCUUCUCCAUGAAGAUUCUUGAGCUUUCUUUGAAGAAAGGAGUGCAUAUGCUGCAGUGUCUCUGUGGAAGGAGCCUGAGGUCCAGCAACAGCCUAAGUGAACCCCAGCUGAAAGGAAUUGUGACAAGGUUAUUCAGCCAGCAGGGAUAUUUCCUGCAGAUGCACCCAGAUGGUACCAUUGACGGGACCAAGGACGAAAACAGUGACUACACCCUCUUCAAUCUAAUCCCUGUGGGCCUGCGUGUGGUGGCCAUCCAAGGGGUGAAGGCCAGCCUCUAUGUGGCCAUGAAUGGUGAAGGCUAUCUCUACAGCUCAGAUGUUUUCACUCCAGAAUGCAAAUUUAAGGAAUCUGUGUUUGAAAACUACUAUGUGAUCUAUUCUUCCACACUGUACCGUCAGCAAGAAUCAGGCCGAGCAUGGUUUCUGGGACUCAAUAAGGAAGGUCAAAUUAUGAAGGGGAACAGAGUGAAGAAAACCAAGCCCUCAUCACAUUUUGUACCAAAACCUAUUGAAGUGUGUAUGUACAGAGAGCCAUCGCUACAUGAGAUUGGAGAAAAACAGGGGCGUUCGAGGAAAAGUUCCGGAACACCAACCAUGAAUGGAGGCAAAGUUGUGAAUCAAGAUUCAACAUAGCUGAGAACUCUCCCCUUCAUCCCUCUCUCAUCCCUUCCUUUCCUCCUCUUGCCCGUUACCCAUUUCCUUCCAAUAAAUCCACCCAAGGAGAGGAAAAUAAAAUGGCAACCCAAGACCCAGUGGCUAAGAUUCUGCACUCAAAAUCUUCCUUUGUGUAGGAUAAGAAAAUCGAAUCAAAGCUUGUCUGUUGCAAUGUGGUAGAAAAAUGCACAUGCACAAAGAUUAGCACACCUAAAAGCAGAGGAAAAAAUAAAUCAAGACUCCACAAGCAUUAAAAUAAACUGUGUUGUUAUUAAUAGAGGGCUAAUUGUAAUGAAGAC